UCCUCGACUGAACGCUAAUCUACAACAAUCCCAGAGUAAGAAAGAAAAACAGUAUCCGGAAAUCGGAACCAUGUCUUCGUGCGCCACUUUUAUCUUCCUUUUCCUUUUUUCCCUUCUCACUUGCUUCAGAGUUUCUUCUCAAAACCUUUCUCUCUUAUACUAUUUUUGUCCAAAUACGACAACGUAUUCAAGAAACAGCACUUACUACACCAAUCUCAAAACCCUUUUGGCUUCCUUUUCUUCCCCCAACGCUUCAUACUCCACCGGUUUCCAAAAUGGUAAGGCGGGUCAAGCUCCCGAUACGGUCACCGGACUUUUCCUAUGCCGCGGGGAUGUCUCGCCGGAAAGUUGCCGUAACUGCGUGGCCUCUGCCGUCAACGAAUCCUUAACUCGGUGUCCGAAUCAGAGCGAGGCCGUGCUCUAUUACGAUGAGUGUACGCUCAGAUACUCUCAAAGGAAUAUUCUCUCCACCCUGAGAACCGAUGGUGGAUAUACCUUGCCUAACCUCAAUAAUAUUCCACGUAAUCAGCAAGAGCGGUUCAGAGAUUUGGUUUUGUCCACCCUGAACCAAGCGGCAACCAAAGCAGUAGCUAGCUCCCGAAAAUUCGAUGCGAGAAAAGUCAACUUUACUGCGUUGCAGAGUUUGUACGGACUUGUUCAGUGCACUCCUGAUUUGACGAGUCAGGACUGUUUCCGUUGUCUGCAAACGUCCAUCAAUCAAUUACCCACUGAAAGAAUUGGGGCAAGACUUCUUUUGCCUAGCUGUGGUUCAAGAUACGAGCUUUACCCGUUUUACAACGAAUCUGCCGUUAGAACAUAAACCAUCUCUUGAUGUGGAUAAUACACAACGCAUCGACGAAUACAAACCACCUAAAACCCAUCUAGACCGUCAUAUGCAUCUCACUUCCACAUGUUCAUUUUAUUUCAAUGAUCAAAUAAAAUUUUGGUCUAUGUUUUUGGACAAAACCCACGUUUCUAUUUCCUUGUGGUUGAGUUUGUAGGAGUUGAACUCCAUUAUUAUUAUUAUUAUUAUUAUUUUUUUUU